AUGGCGGGUUCUAAAUCGGAGGGGUCAUCGGCACCUGUUUUGAGACGAGACCCUUAUGAGGUGCUUUCUGUGACUAGGGAUUCUUCUGAUCAAGAAAUUAAGACUGCUUACAGAAAGCUUGCUCUUAAGUACCAUCCGGACAAGAAUGCUAACAAUCCUGAAGCUUCAGAGCUUUUUAAGGAGGUUGCAUAUUCGUAUAGCAUUUUGUCGGAUCCAGAAAAGAGGAGGCAAUAUGAUAAUUCAGGAUUUGAGGCCCUUGACGCUGAAGGAAUGGAUAUGGAGAUUGAUUUGUCAAAUCUUGGAACAGUCAACACAAUGUUUGCCGCUUUAUUCAGCAAAUUGGGUGUGCCUAUCAAGACUACUAUUUCUGCUAAUGUUCUUGAAGAGGCUUUAAAUGGUACUGUCACGGUUAGACCUCUUCCUAUAGGAACUUCAGUCAGUGGAAAGGUCGAGAAACAGUGUGCCCACUUCUUUGGUGUCACCAUCAGUGAAGAACAAGCAGAGUCAGGCAUAGUAGUUAGAGUUACUUCUGCUGCACAAAGCAAAUUUAAGCUCUUGUAUUUUGAACAAGAUGCUAAUGGGGGAUAUGGAUUGGCGUUGCAGGAAGAUAGUGAGAAAACAAACAAGGUUACAUCAGCUGGGAUGUACUUUUUGCAUUUCCAAGUGUACAGAAUGGAUUCAACUGUUAAUGCGCUAGCAAUGGCCAAAGACCCAGAAGCUGCUUUCUUCAAAAGACUCGAAGGACUUCAACCUUGUGAGGUCUCGGACCUAAAAUCCGGCACUCACAUAUUCGCAGUUUAUGGAGAUAAUUUCUUCAAAACUGCCUCGUAUACAAUUGAGGCUCUUUGUGCGAAGACUUAUGAGGAUACAACUAAUAAGCUUAAGGAUAUCGAAGCUCAGAUCUUGAGGAAGAGAAAUGAGCUUCGCCAAUUUGAGACUGAAUAUAGGAAGGCGUUGGCACGAUUCCAAGAAGUCACCAACCGAUACAGCCAGGAAAAGCAGUCCGUUGAUGAACUGCUAAAACAACGAGAUAGUAUCCACUCCUCUUUCACAGUUUCCAGAACCGUAGCUUUUCCCAGUGGGAGUGGUCAGUUUAGCAACGGGAGUGGCAGUAGCAAAUUCACAGGUGAAGAGAGUCCGCCAGGAGAAGAGGGCAGUGCCGAUUCCAAGGAUAAAUCUUCAAAGAAAAAAUGGUUUAAUCUUAACCUCAAAGGUUCCGACAAAAAGUAA